UUUGGUCCCAACUUUCUCGUUAACCACUUAACUCCCCUCUCAGGCAUUGUGUCGAGCAGUUGUAGUUCCUCCUCGUAGAUUCCACUCUGUCCCAUAGCUGAGAAAAAGACCUUAAGGAAAUCCUAAAGUCCCACUUGAAAAAGAUGCAGCCCGGUGACCCGCCCAUCGAAGAACCAAAGUUUCAAGUCCGUAGAUUACAGGUCUCUGACAAAAGCAAGGGUUUUAUUGAGUUACUGCAGCAACUAACUGUCUGUGACUCUGUAUCUGACAAGGAUUUUGAAGAUCGAUUUCAGGAGAUCAGCUCCCUUGGAGAUCACCACGUGAUUUGUGUUAUAGAAGACAAAUGUUCUGGUAAGAUUAUUGCAACAGGGAGCGUGUUCAUUGAGCACAAAUUUUUGAGGAAUUGUGGCAAAGUUGGGCACAUUGAAGAUGUUGUGGUUGACACAAAUACUCGAGGGAUGCAAUUAGGCAAGAAAGUCAUUGUGUUCCUUAUGGAUCAUGCUUGUUCAAUGGGGUGUUAUAAGGUGAUUCUUGACUGCAGUUUGGAGAAUAAAGCGUUUUAUGAGAAAUGUGGUUUCAAGCAGAAAGAAAUUCAGAUGGUCAAGUAUUUUGUUUGAUUUGUUUGUGUUACUACUUCCAUUGCAGUUUUGGUAGUGAUUCGUGUUUGAAUGAGGAAAACCUCUCUGUGCAUUGUGCACUGACGACUUGCUUUGGUUCCAGUUGAUUUUGUUGCUUCAUGUAGUAAAUCCUUUGUGGGAUACAGUUUGCAAUUGCAUAUUUACAACUAUGAAAUUUGGAUAUAUUAGAGUAUGCCCUUCAAACAGAAACCUAUGUCUAUAUCAUUUU